AUGUCGAAAUUGUCGCCGCUGUUGAAGAGAGUAUCUCUCAACUCAACGACGAUCGUAGGCAUUUGGUAAGAGCAGAAGUAAGUAGUAUACUCAGGCGUGCUAAACCUCCUCCCAAAAACAUUCAAAAGGAUGUUUUCAAUGCGCUUAUAGCUCUCAAAACGGAUCCGGACAGGCUCGUAUUAUCUGCUGACAAGGGUAAUUGUUAAGCUUUGUCUCUGCUUAAUGACAAGAGUACGUAUGCUGUCUUAAACUCUGAUCCUACCAGUAAAACUCAAAGGAAGUUAAACAAAAUGUUGCUUGAUUUGAAAAAAGCUGGUAGAAUUAGUGACUCUACGUACAAAAUGUUAUACAGUAGUGACAGCUUAUGUCCACGUUUUUAUGGCUUACCUAAAAUUCAUACCCAUUGUCUCUUUUGUUAAUUCUGUCUGUUGGGAAUACUGAUUACACUUCCAAAAAUUCCUGCGAAUUUGCGGAUUUCAUAAGAGAUAAACUCUUAUACGCUUGUGAAGAAUUAGUAUCUUUCGACGUUGUUUCGCUCUUCACCAAAAUCCCAGUUGAUCUUGCCGUUAAGGUUGCGGAGGAAAGACUCAGAGAAGAUGCUUCCCUGGGACAAAGAACUUCUUUGCCUGUGGAGGAUAUUAUUCAUCUGCUGUCUUUUUGCCUCAAAACCACGCAAUUUACAUAUAACGGCACCUACUAUCAACAAGUUUUUGGUACCGGAUGGGUUCGCUGUCGCUAACAUGGUAAUGGAAGACGUGGAACAAAGGGCCUUAGCCACUUCACCGGUUAAACCCUUUUUCUGGAAAUGGUAUGUCGAUGAUGUUAUUUCUGUGGUAUCGGAAAUGAAGCGGUGCGCCUCUUGUCGCAUUUGAAUUCAGUAGAGCCGUCGAUCCAAUUCGCCCUUGAGCGCGAAAAGGAUAGACAUUUUCCCUUUCUUGAUUUAAAUGUGCCCAGAGGGGUUCAGUGUAAUUUAGAGACAAGUGUCUACCGUAGACCUACCCACACCGACAAAUACCUCGCUUUCGAUUCUCACCACCCUAUUUGCCAUAAAAAGUCUGUAGCCAAAACUUUACUUAGGAGGGCUGACUGUCUACCAUCUUCACUCGAUUCGAAGGCUGAGGAGAGGAAAUAUGUUUCCCAUGUCCUAAACACAAAUGGCUAUACAAAAACUUUUCUCCGUAACUGCCAAAAACCAGUUACAAAUAGUAACGCUCUUGAUGAAAGGGAACCAGCGACUGGUUUUGCUGUUAUUCCUUACAUACAGGGUGUUACGGAACUCAUCAAGAGAAUUUUGAAUAGCCACAACGUUAAAGUUACUCAAAAACCUUUUCAGACUUUGGGGCAUAUUUUCGCCAAACCUAAGGAUCCUGUCACGAAAGAACAACGAACCGACGCCAUUUAUUCUAUUCCUUGCAAUGACUGUGACAACGAAUACAUCGGACAGACCAAACGUCAGUUUGGUACACGGUUAAAAGAGCACCAAAAAGUGGUUUUUCUUUGCAAAAAGGAAAAUUCAACUUUAUCGGAGCAUACAUGCCUAACCAACCAUACAAUUGGGUGGGAUAAUUCUAAAAUUAUCACCACUAAUCGACGUUACCACCAGCGCCUUUGUUUGGAGGCUUGGCAUAUUAACUGCGCCCACGCUCCCUUAAAUCGUGACGAUGGCGGUUUGCUUCCUGACGCCUAUUUACACCUCGUCAGAAAAAAGGCCUCUUGUUGUAGCGUUUAG